GGCCAUGACCAAUGCCAGUCAGUUGCAGAAGCGCGGGAACGACCGACGCUUAUAAAUUAAGGUUUUUAAUAAGUUUUUUUUUUUAAUCCGUCGCUAUGGCGUCAGCCGUGAUGAAGUUCAGUGCCAUAUUGUUUCUGGUUGCCGCGUGUGCUGCUGAUGUUUCGGAGCUCGUCGGCGACAAGUCAGCUCAGCCGGUGACGGAGGUGUGCCUCGGGUGCAUCUGUCAGGCCAUCUCGGGCUGCAAGCAAGCCCAGACGUGCGAGGGAGACACCUGCGGCUUGUUCCGCAUCACCUGGGCGUACUGGUCGGACGCCGGCAAGCCUACCAUCAACAAUCUCGCGCCUGACCACCCUGAUGCGUAUCGCAGCUGCGUUGUGGACCCGUACUGUGCUGCCCAGACCGUGCAGGGAUACAUGAGGAGGUUUGGACAGGACUGCAACGGCGACGGCCAGGUGAACUGCUAUGAUCACAUGGCGAUCCACAAGAAGGGCGGGUACGGGUGCUCUGGCGACCUUCCUUUCGAGUACGUCAACGUCUUCAAUCAAUGCAUAGCCGCCGUUGCCGCCCACCAGGGGUGAAUAACGUAGUUUUAAGACAACUUGUAAUAGCUAAGGAUAUACAGUACUGUAUUGGUCCCAAACCCAUAGAAAAAAAGUCUAGUGAUCGAAUCCAUAUCCAUAAUCACGGCUCUGACAAUAGGGUUUUUAACUGUAUUUAAAAUAAAUUAUUUUACACCAUGCAUGAAAUACAGCACCAGAAGAUUAAUAAGAGAAACGUAGACAGUAGUUAAUUUUAGAUACAAUUUAUAUUUUAAAACCCGUAUAAAAUUAUAAAGAGUAGGUAAUUUGACUAGUAGUCUAUUGUCAUCGGUUAUCGCUGUACAUUGCUUGUCAUGUCAUGUCUUUACGCUGCGUAUUGUCCACUUAUCAAGCUAGAAAUGUACAGAAAAUAGUACCAUUAGGCGACGGUAAUAUAUAUUUAAAGAUGUGCCAGCAGACAGAUAGCCGACAGACACGUAUAUCCCUAGCUAAUACGGGUAAUACCUACCCAUAAAGUAGAAUUCGUAACAUCUUUUAAACACUAUUUUUUGGUUCGUAUGUUAGAACACAAAAAGUGUGCAAUUGGUAGCGCAUGCUUUGGCGCAUGUAGUCUGUAUGAGAUUAAUUACUUUACACGCGUUAGGCUAAAUCAAUAUAUUUAAAUAGUUACAUAAUAUUUAAAAUCAUAAAACACGCCGUGCAAAAUCAAAUCAAAGUGGAAACAUAACAAUUUUGAUUUGAUACUAUAAGAGCCUAUUAUAUACGAGUUUGCCCAAACAGGCACGUCAUACGUAUAUCUCAAAAAAACCUACUUGAGUUGUUUAGGAACAAUAUUAAUUCCUUAAAUAUGGGUACAAAUAUGUAUCUACUAGUCUUUUCGGAUUGUUGUUAAGUUAAUAACAGAUUUUAAUCCUAAUAAAUAUGACUGCUCAAGACUUCGUAAUAAUAAAUAAUUUUACUACAGAA